CGAUGUCUCUAUAAGUGAGCGGAACUUUGUUGCUCAACGGCGAGUGUGUGUUUGUGCUGCAGGUGCGAAGCCACGCGUUUGUUUUCUUGAGUCCGGCGGAAAUCAGAACCUGCGCGUGGUAACCUGUCUGUCUCACUGUUUAUCUCUCUGUCGCGAGGAUGAUCGUGCUGUCUGUCCUCGCGUUGUUUCUGUUUGUCAGCGGAUCUGUGGCCGACACACCUGCCAACUGCACCUACGAGGAUCUGUUGGGCACCUGGGUCUUCAGCGUGUCCGAUGUGGGUCAGGAUCGGACCAUCAACUGCUCGAGCACAGGUAAAGUAGUGAGGACGGUGACGGUAGAUCUGCAGAAGUUGUACGUCGCUGUGGAUGACAUCGGCCACACUGGGUUCUUCACCCUCAUCUAUAACCAGGGCUUCGAGGUGGUGAUCAAUGACUACAAAUGGUUCGGUUUUUUCAAGUAUUCUCAGCAGGGUUCACAGGUCACGAGUUACUGUGAUCAGACGCUGCCCGGUUGGGUUCAUGAUGUGUUUGGGAACAACUGGGCCUGUUUCACUGGGAAGAAAGUUCAGCCCAUCCCACCUCGUUAUGAAAACAAUCCCACGCUGGGAUUGAAACACCAACUCCUCAUGCAGUUGCCGUUCACACACAACAUGGAGUUUAUAGAUAAAAUAAACUCGGUUCAGAGUUCCUGGAGAGCGACGGCGUACAGUCACCACGAGACCUUUACCAUACAACAGCUUCUGAGGAGAUCAGGAGGACGCGGGUCUCGUAUACCACGGCGAAUCAGACCCGUGACUGUCGCAGCUGAUGUCCAGAAGAUGGCCGCUGGUCUUCCUGAGCGCUGGGACUGGAGAGAUGUUAAUGGUGUCAGUUACGUCAGCCCUGUACGCAACCAAGCGGCUUGUGGCAGCUGUUACUCUUUCGCCACUAUGGGAAUGAUGGAGGCCCGAGUCCGGAUUCAGACAAACAACACGCAGCAGCCCGUGUUCAGUCCGCAGCAGGUCGUGUCCUGUUCAGAGUACUCUCAAGGUUGUGACGGAGGUUUCCCAUAUCUGAUCGGUAAAUACAUCCAAGACUUCGGCAUGGUGGAAGAAGACUGUUUCCCGUACACCGGGGACGAUUCUCCCUGCAACAUCCCUGACAAGUGCACGAGGUACUACGCUUCCGAUUAUCACUACGUUGGUGGCUUCUACGGAGGAUGCAGCGAGUCGGCCAUGAUGCUGGAGCUGGUCAGAAACGGACCCAUGGGCGUGGCUCUCGAGGUGUACCCGGAUUUCAUGAACUACAAGGAAGGUAUUUACCAUCACACCGGUCUAGGUGACUCCAACAAUCCGUUUGAGCUGACCAAUCAUGCGGUGUUGUUGGUCGGAUAUGGGAAGUGCCAUAAGACCGGGGAGAAGUAUUGGAUCGUGAAGAACAGCUGGGGAGCCGGAUGGGGUGAGAACGGGUUCUUCAGGAUCCGUCGUGGAACGGAUGAGUGCGCCAUCGAGAGUAUUUCUGUAGCAGCUACGCCAAUCGCCAAACUUUAAGAGGGUAAUGAGUCUUGCUGGUCCACUGCAAUAGAUAUUGCACUGCUGCUUUUAUAGUUAAAUAUUGCAAAUAAUAAGGAAUUAAUUUGUUGCCAGCCUAAAAAUGUUUCAUCUCAACUUCAGGUUCUUCUCAUUUUUGUGCCUGGUCAGUCAAAUGAAUUUUGAUUGUGAAUGUAUGCAACCAUGUUUAUUUUGAAGGCCUUUCCAUUUGAUUUUGUAAUACUGUGUUUGUUGCAGCUGAUCACCAGACAAACUUUUGAACCCUUUAUGCUUCAUCUCAUGUCUAUGCGGUCACAUGCUAAAACUCCAAAGUGUUUUAAAGGGAUUUUUUUUUUUAGAUUUUCUAUCAAUCCACAUGAGCUCUGAAUGUCACAACUUCACUUUUUACUUCAGUUUUAAUCCCAUUUAUUCACUUUGCAUUUAGAAAUUGAUCAUGCCUUUAGUCUUUUCUCAGGAUAAUCAAUACUUGUCGUGUAAGCAAUCAGUUUAUCUAUAGCAAUAGACUUCAUAAAGGGAUAUUGUAUGUAUAUUUCCUGUUAGGCUUUUUGCCUUGAGCUGCCUAAAUCAGAGUUUUAUUGCAGUCUUUAAUUUUGCCUUGUAUGUCAUAUGAUCUUUAAUAAAUUUGCUUUUUAAGAAACCAUUAA